AUGUCUAGUGCAUCAACUGGAAAGCGUCCAACAACACCGAAAAAACAACGAGCACGAUCACAAUCGCAGCAAAAAAGUCGUAAUCACGAAGAUGUUUGUGUUCGAACAAGUUUACCACCGUUAGUCGAAGGUCCUGUGUAUGCAAUUCUUAUUUGUCAUAUACCUAAAUUACGUUGGAAUGCGAAGCAUCAAUCUCUUAGUCGAUUUGUUAAUAUUAAAGUUUCAUGGUGGGGUGAAGAGGAUACCUUAGCAUUAUUCAAACCGCAAGUAUCUGGUACCUCACCCUCACCCUCACAACAACUAAGUACAACAGCAAAAUAUUAUAUUCGUAGUGAUCUUAAACAAUUUGCUCGAUACUUAACAGACGCUGCCGAACUCGUACUUAAGGUGUUUGAUUCUGAAACAAAUCGUCUUAUUGGUAUUGUUAAAGUGCAAAAUUUAUCGUUACUUUCAAUUAGCAGUCCAAUAAAAGGUUAUCAAUCUAUAUUUACAAAUAAAGGUGAAAAAUUAGGUGAAAUUUUCGUUUUACUUCGUCUAAUUUUACCUGGAACUCACGAUAGUAAUGAAAAUCUCACUGCAAUAAGUGUUACAUCAGAUGUAAGUAAUCCAUCAUCACGACGUAAUUCAAUUGGAACUCAUGAUUAUAAUCAAAAUGAUCAAUUUGAAAAUGGUGUACGAACGUAUAAACUUGAUCGAGCUUACAAUGGAGAACAUGUAAAUUCUGUUCAUUCAAGUGAUAGUACAGUAAAACAACAACGUUUUGAGUCAACAGUUCCUUUUAAAGCAUAUACAAACGAUUCAAAAACUUCACAAUCAGGUGUACAAACAUAUAAAGAACAACCAACUGGUCAUGUAGUUGAAGCAUUAAUUGAACGUGCUAAUCGUCUUCGCGAAGAUAUGAUUAAAUCAUCAUUACCAAAACCUACAAUAAUAGACAAAGAAAGUCAUUCAAUUAAUUCAGCAUUAUUGAUUACUAAUAAUAAUAAUGCUAGUAUUCUUAGUACUCAAAAUGAAAAUCAAUCUAUUGAUAUGCUUGGUGAUAAUAUUGAUCCUUUACUUGAUAAUGAAAAUAUUUGUGAUAUGCUUGGUAUAAAAACAACUGGAGAUCUUAACAAUUCGAAUGAUUCAAUAUUAACUGAUCUUGAUGGACUUGAAAAUGAACAGAGUCUGUUAGAUGAUCUUCUCUAUGGUGACAAAGAAAAAUGUGAUACCAAUAAUAAUAAUAAUAAUAAUAUUAAUCAAAAAGCUACAACUUAUUCAAUACGUAAACAUCAUCUACGUGGAAAACCACCUACAGGUCGUUCACCUAGUCCAAAUAUGACACGUGUUGGUGGAUUAUCAAAUCGUUCUCGUUCAACAAGAAGUCGAAGUUUAGCACAAAGUAGUGAUAGUGAUACAGCAUCACGUGUUUCAUUCGAUAUGCCAAGUUCCGAUUUAGAUGAUAGUGGAAAUGAAAGUCAUGAUGAUGAUAAUCUUAGUACAGAACGUAUUCAAUUACUAAGUUAUGUACGUACAGCUCGUGUUCGUAUUGAUCAAUUACGUUUGAAUAUGCUUAAUAAUGAUCGAGAGUCUCCAUCACAUUCAUCAUUUGGUCGAACAAAUAAAAAUACACGUGCAACAACUUAUUUUAUUGAAUAUCAAUUUCCUGUUAUUGCAAAUAGUCGUGAUGGUCAGAAAAAUGAAGCAACACAAGUUAUGAAAAUUGCAUCGAAACGUUUUGAAACUAAUAAUGAUAUUAUAUUUUCACAUUUAUCCACAUAUCCAUGUUUAUUAAAUGAAACAAGUUUAAAAAAUUGGUGGCGUUCAUUAUUAAUCUUUAAAAUUUAUAGUCGUAUGUCAGGUACAACAAGUCCAGCACAAAUUGGUUUUGCUGUUCUACCACUUCGUAAUAUAUUAAAAGCAGAGAGUUUACAUUUCGAACAAAACUUAAAUGUUAUUGAUCGUACACAAAUGAGUCAACAAAAGAUUCCAAACAAAAUAGCAAAAAAAUUUUCUAUAGGACAUUUACAUGUUAUGCUUGAACUUGAUUCUGAUGCAACAAAUUUUAAACUUGAACUUGAUCGUAUUCGUCUUAUUGAACAAAAUAAACCAAAAAAACAACGUACUGGAAAAACUAAGAAAAAUAAAAAGAAAUCAAAACAAAUUAUUAUUAAUCCAAAUAAUGAUUUACAAUUACCAAAAGCAUUUUCAAGUGAAGGAUUUAUGGCUAAUGAAUCAACAUUGGAAAUCAAUGAUGGUUUCGUUGUACAAAUAUAUCUUUCAAUAGUUGAAGCACGAAAUAUUGCACAAAUAUCAAGUAAUUUACCACGAAAUCCAUAUUUUGUUUGCCGUGCAUUUUGGAAUGAAGAACCAAUAACAUCAGUUGUUUGUUGGGGUAGUUCAUCACCAAGAUUUAAUUUUGAACAGAAAAUUCCAAUAUUACUUAAUAAAUCUACAGUAGAAAAAAUGCAUAAUAAUUUUAUUGUUAUUGAAAUAUGGGAUAAAAAAAUAUCUGGUCCAGCUGAUAAAAUAAUUGGUAUUGUUAAAGUAUCAUUAGAACAAUUUUAUGUAUCAUUCAAGGAUAAACAAAUUAGUCAAGUGUUUUUACGUGCACAAUAUCCAGUAAUAAGUAUUGAUUCAUGGUUACCUAUAAUUGAUCCAUUUACAAGUACUAAUAAAUCUCAUGGUGAAAUUCAAAUUGUAUUAGCUAUGGGAACAUCUGAUCAAAUAACAGCUAUAAAAAUUGCACAUGUUAAUAAUAAUAAUAAUUCAUUAUCUCCAUCAACUAAUAAACAAUCAUCGACAUUAUCUAAUGAUGAUCAAACAACAUUAAUUGAACAUUAUUUUGAAGUAUUAAUUGAAAGUAUAAAUGGUUUACGUGCAUUUGAAUCAAUGGUUUGGGGUGAAAGUGAUUGUUUUAUUCAAUAUUUAUUUCCUAUACAACAAGAACAACAAUUAAUAAAUAAUAAUUCAAUAAAACCAUUUGAAUUUCGUCCAAUUUGUACAGCAGCAACAUUAUGUACAUCCGAUCCAACAUUUCAUGAUAGUAAUAAAUUUCGUUAUAUACUUUCAUCGACAGAUGUUUUACAUAAAUAUUUUUAUGCUGCUUGUCAAUCACCAUCAACUAUUGAAACUUGUAUUCCUUUUGAAGUUUGGUCACGUUUUUAUUAUCCAAAUAUUCGUGAUCAACUUCUUGCAAAAGGAAAAUUACCAGCUGCAAAAUUAUGUAGUAUGACAACAAUGUUAAAUACUGAUGCAGAUAAUAAAUCAGUUCAGUCAUUUCGUAUACCUCUUGAAAUCGUUCGAGAAGAUUCGAAACAUGAACAACAUCGAUAUCCACCAGCACCAACAUAUGGAGGAGAUUUAUUAGUCACUGUUACAUAUAAAAGAAAUCCUAUCAAGAGAAAUGAACGACAAGCUCUUACUGAUCGAUUAGCUAAUAAAAAUUCUCAAGUGUGUAUUUCUGUUGGUAUUAUUCGUGCUUGUGGAUUAAAACAUGCUACUCUAUCUCAAGCUCGACAUGAUGCUCGUUUAAAUUAUCCAUCACAAGUUGGUGUUAAUACUUUUGCAAAAUUAUCAUUAUCAUUUCUAUCUGAAUCGGAAUCUCGAACAACACGAACAAUAGCUCGAAGUUUUGUACCUGAAUUUAAUCAUUCAGUUGAUUUUCCAGUUCCACUUAUAUGGAAUGAUAAUCGUAGUCAUACAAUAUCACUUGCUGAAAUAUUAGAACAUGGAGAAUUAAAAAUAGAUCUUUAUCAUCAAAUGAGUUCAACAACUGAUUCAAAUCAACAUCUUGAUCGACGACCAUUAGAUAUUCAUUUAUGUUAUUGUACUAUUUCAUUGAAAGAUUUAAUAUCUCGACAUACAGGCAUCAAAGGUUGGUAUCCAUUAGCAAGCGCUAAUCGUGUUGUUACAUCUGAAAUAGCUUCUGAUCCAUCUGAACAUUGUGUUGGUGGUUUGGAAUUAUCUAUUCGUUUUGGUCAACAAGAUGAUCGCUGUCGUGUUAUUGAUUCUGCUAAAACACUUGGUUGGCUUGAUGAUAAUUAUAUUGAUGAAGAAAAUUUUCUUGAUGAUCAAAAAGAUCUUGGAUGUUUAAUAACAAUAUCAAUUGAUCGCAUUCAAUUUCCAAUUCAACUUGCAACACGACCAGGAAAAGAUCGUUUUGAUGAUCGAACGAGUAUUUUUGUGCAAUAUCGACUUUAUGAUAAAAUGCCAAUUAUAACUAAACGAAAAAAACCAAUUGUUGAUAGAAAUAAUGUUAUAUGCGAAUUAAAAUUUACAAAAGAUCAUUUAUUUUUAUGUAGUGCACCAUUUUUAUGGUAUUUACGUGAAGAAAAAUUAGAAGUACAAAUUUGGACAAGUGAUAAUGAUUCAUAUGAUUAUUCUCAAUCAUUAUCAUCAACAGAUAAACUUAUUGGUUCGAUUUAUGUUGAUUUAAAUUCACUAUGUGAUAGAAAAAGAAAAUCUCAUCGAUUAAGUGCCAUUUUACCAAUGUUUAAACAUGGAACAAAAGAUUUAGGUGGAGCUUUUGCUCAAGUACAUGUCACUAUUGAUAAAUCAAAAGAUUUCAAUGAAUUACGGAGUCGAAGUGAUCUUGAUACAUCGAAUGAUGGUGAACUUCAUAGUUAUUUAGAAAAUCGUCAUUUAAAUUUAGUCGAUAAUAAUCAUGCACUUCGUAAAAUAACAAAUAAUGUUUUUUCAGUUGUAAUUAAUAUUGAACAAGCAGCACAUUUACCAAAUGUUUAUUCUAAACAAGAAAAUGCUCAUAUUUCACCAAGUCCAUAUGUUACUUAUUCAACAGCUGAUUCUCAUCAUUUAUGUCGUACGCAAAUCUUAAAAUUAACAUGUAAACCUAUAUGGAAUUAUCAACAAUCAGUUAAAUUAGCUGUUGAACAUUUAUUUAAUGAUAAAAAAACAUUUAUACUUAAAGUUUGGCAUAAAGUUAAUGCUGAUAUUGAAACAAUACCAGAAAAAUCAGGUGAUACAGUUCUUGGUUUUGUAUCUAUUGAUUUAAGUCCAUUACUUUCUGGUUUACAACAAAUAUCUGGUUGGUAUAAUAUUGUUGAUACGAUUGGUAAUAUUCAAGGACAAUUAAAAAUUAGUAUUAUACCACAAGAAGAUCUUCGUGAAUUAAAACGUUUCAAAUAUAAAUCAAAUCAAAAUCAAAAUCAAACUAAUAUCAAUUCAUAUCGUUCAACAUCAACAAGAAGUGAAAAUAUAUCAUCAACAAUUACUAAUGAUCUUUCAGCAAGAACUAGUAUGGGCGGUCAAGCAAGUUUAAAUUCAUCAAUGAUUGAUGAUGAAAAUAAUAAAAAAUCAUUUUUAAUGAAUAAUCUACAUCGUCAUUUAAAUGAACUUGGUGUAAUAACUGAACGAUUGAAAGCUCGUUUAUAUUCUGGUUCAGAUACAGCUUCAAUAACAAAUGAAUCAUCAUCUACAAUGAUAAAGAAUCGUUGUCAAAGUGUACCACCACCAUCAACAACAUUGGCACCAUUUAAUUUACCAUUAAAUACAAAUUCAAUUCGUCAAGAUAUUGAUACAACACGUUCAACAACAACAACAAUUCAAACAGAUUUAUUAGAACAUUUUCCUGAAUCACUUAGUGGUCGACCAUUAAUGAGUAAUGGUCUUAAUGUAACUGAUGUACUUUCACAUCAUAAUGAUCAAGUUCGUCUUGCACAAGAACUUAUGACAAAAGCAAAUCAUUUACUUGAAACAUCAAAAGAUUUCUUUAAUAAAACAUCAAUACCAACACCACCUCCACCUUCAACAUCAUUGUCAACUAUAAUGGAAAAACGAUCAACUCCAUCACCACCGCCAGUAUUACCAAAUUUUAAUGCAACAAAUGAAUUUCGAAUUACAGAAGGAUCACCACUAAUUACUUCUAAAAAUACUGAACAUAUCACUAAUUCAUUUGAACAACAACAUCAUAAUGCUUCAAUAGUUUGGUCUGAUGAAGAAGAUAAUGAACAUGAUCAAAGUUUUCUACCUAUUGGUCUUCCUCCUCAUCAUCAUCGUCUAGUGACACCUGUAACUGUUACACAACCUCAACCACGACCGAUACAAACGGAAGAAACUUCUACACAUCGGGAGCAACAUGAUGAUAUUGAUGUUGUUCAAAUUCGUCCAUUAAAUAAUAUAUCUGCAUUCAAUUUCGACUGUCAACAAAUGAAUGCAGAUCGACUUAAUGGUAAUUUAUCCUCAAAACCAAUAACACGUCGUAAUAUAUUUUCAACUGAACCAGUAACAGAUUACCAACAACAACAACAAAUAUCUUCAUCAUUUACAGAUCCACAUAAAAUAUCAUCACCAACAUUAAGUAUCGAACGUCAAUCUUUCUCAUCAUCUUCUUCUUCAUCAUCACCACAACCGCCACCACUACCAACACAAACCCAACAAUCAUUUAAUUCAGAUACAUCCAUUAUUAAUAAAGAUUGGUUAGAACAACAACGUAUACGUAAUGCUAAUACACAUUGUGUAUCACCAUCAACAAUUCAUGAUCAUUCAAACAUAAAACAACCAUCGAGUCGAAGUUCACAUUUAGCAUUUCUCGAUCGUCCAUUACCAAAAUUUUUUCCAUCAAAUCGUGAAAUGGAACAAUCAAUGAAACAUGUUUCACAAGCACUUUCAACUACAAAUACUUCUUCAACCACAAGUACUAGUCCAACAUCAUCAUCAAGCAAUGUAAUGAAAACAAUCAUUGAACGAUUACGUGCAAAACCUUCAAGUGAAUUAUUACGUGGUCUAUCACCAUUAGAUAAUACUUUACUUCAACAAUCUGAAUCAUCAAAUUCAACAACAGUAAAUGUAACAAGAUUAGAAAAAAUAUUUAAAACUAAAUAUACAACUAUUCCUCCGUCGAAUUAA